AUGCCAUCCGCCGAUCCUCUCACCAACAUUCCCUUCUCUGAGCCCGCUUGGCUCGCCGGCCUCCCCUCGCCCCUCUACAAAGAAAAGCACAUCAAAUUCCAAAAGGCCUGCCGAGCAUGGCUCGAUCAACAUUUCACGCCCUACUGUAUGGAGUGGGAGAACUCCGGCGACCUCCCUCAUGAUCUCUUCGAUAAAUUCAAUCAAUACAAUAUGCUACUCCCCAACCUCCCGUCCCCACUACCAAUCGAAUGGCUCCGUCAAGUCGGUAUCAAAGACAUCCUCGGCACACCUGUGGAAGAGUGGGAUUACGUGCAUACCGGCAUCUGGGUAGAUGAGAUGAACCGCAGCGGACUCGGGGGUCCCAGCUCGGGCCUAACAGCUGGGUUCGCAUACGCAAUUCCCCCGAUUAUCAAAUAUGGAUCUCGCCAACUGCAGGAGCGCUUUCUUCCCGCUCUCCUCACGGGCAAGAAGAGGACUUGUAUCGCCAUUACGGAGCCUAGUGCUGGCAGUGAUGUCGCGAAUGUCGAAACGACGGCCGAGAAGAGCAAGGAUGGCAAGUAUUAUGUUGUGAAUGGGACGAAGAAAUGGAUUACGAAUGGGAUUUGGAGUGAUUAUGCUACCAUGUGCGUUAGGACUGGAGGAGGGAAGGGAGCGGCAGGGUUGAGUUUGUUGGUGGUACCGUUGAAAGAGAAAGGUGUUGAGAUGAGGAGGUUGAGAGUCACGGGUAACAAGACGGGUGGGACGACAUUUAUUGAUAUAGAAGAUCUCAAGGUGCCGGUGGAGAAUUUGAUUGGAGAAGAAGGAAAGGGUAUGUUUUAUGUGAUGACUAACUUUGUGAGUACCAUUGGCUAGAAGGAAGGGGGAGGAAAUCGCUGACUUCGGGGUAGAAUCAUGAGCGAUUGCUCAUCGCUCUCGGCGCUGCGAGAACGUCAAGAGUGGCUCUGUCCACUGCUAUCGGCUACGUGAUGAAGCGCGAAGCCUUUGGAAAGGCAUUGAUCGAGCAGCCAGUUGUGAGACACCGACUUGCCAAAGCCGGCGCGGAGCUGGAGACGCUCCAAGCCUGGCUGGAGCAGUUCCUCUGGCAAAUGGACCACCUCCCAAAAUCCGAGGCAGACAAGCGUCUCGGUGGCCUGACUGCAAUGGUGAAAGCCAAAGCGGGCAUGGUCCUGAACGAAUGUGCUCAGACUGCUGUGUUGCUGUUUGGGUGAGUAGAAUACACUCCGCUUGUGAAGGUGCAUCAGGCUGACAGUGAAACAGUGGCAAUGGAUUCACACAGUCUGGCCAGGGCGAGCUAGUCGAACACAUCUAUCGCGACGUCUUCGGUGCUCGUAUUCCCGGAGGCUCGGAAGAUGUCAUGCUUGAUCUGGCUGUGAGGCAGCUGGUGAAGAAUUUCCAGAAGGCGACGAAGGAUUUGGAGAAGGAUGGUGGUGAUCGAGCGAAACUUUGA